UUGCACCGGAUCAAAUUAAUUUUAAUUAUGUAAAUUAAAAUAAAUUUUAAAAAUAAAUUACAUGUCACGUAUGGAAUAGUAAAUUAUGGCCAACCAACAAUUGAUUUCAGAAAUAUAUGUUGCAUCGGGAAACUUAUAAGUGAGAAUAAUAAGUAAUAAAUUAUGCUCAAUAGCUACCUGAUUUUGCUACUUGAUUUUGCUACCUGAUCUUUUUGGUAGUUAGCAAACGAUACCUGAUUUUGCUGGUCAGAUUCGCGCGCAAAAUUCUUAAAACACGUUCACGGCGCAUACCAACAAACCAAACCUCUCGUCCCCGUCGAUGUCCCGCCCCCAUGUCUCCUCCCUCUUCGCCGCCGCAUCAGCCUCACGGCGCCGCAAGAGCAAGAGCACUCGCGCAGCCUCGCUGCCUAAGCCGCAUUCCGGCAGAGGCUGCGCUCCGGGACGCUCGGGCCCGAGGACGCAUCCUCUCGCGGCAGCGGCGAUGUCCCGCCCGCGUCUCUCCUCCCUCUUCGCCGCCGCGGAGACCUCCUCCGCACCGGCCUCCACGGCGCCGCAAGAGCACCCACGCAGCCGUGCUGCCUACGCCGCAUUCCGGCAGAGGCUGCGCUCGGGGACGCUCGGGCCCGAGGACGCGCGCCAACUGUUCGACGAAUUGCUCCCCCGCGCCCCCGCCCACGCCUUCAACGCGCUCCUCGCCGAUCUCGCCCGCGCGCCGCCUUCCGCCGCCUGCAAGGACGGCCCCGCCCUCGCCGUCGAGCUGUUCAAGCGGAUGGACCGACGGGCCUCUCCCACCAUCCACACCUACGGCAUCCUCAUCGCCUGCUACCGCCGGGCACACUGCCCAGGCCUUGGGUUUGCCGUCUUCGGCCGCCUGCUCAGGACAGGCCUGAGGCUGAACGUGGUUGUGUACAACUCGUUCAUCGACUGUUUCUCUAAGGACGGCAAGGUAGACAAAGCUUACCAAUUACUCCAUGACAUGAAAGAGCUGGGCAUUAUGCCGGAUGUGAUUACUUAUAACUCAAUUAUUGACGGGCUGUGCAAGUCAAAGGCAAUGGACAAGGCUGAGAUGGUUCUAGAACAGAUGGUUGAUGCUGGUAUCCAACCCAAUAAUAGGACAUACAAUAGCUUAAUCUAUGGAUACUCCACUUCAGGAAUGUGGAAGGAGUCAGUUAGAUUGUUGAAAGGAAUGUCAAGCUCCGGUCUCAUACCAAACGUCAACAAUUGUAACACCUUCAUGGCUGCUCUUUGCAAGCAUGGUAGAAUCAAAGAAGCAAAAGAUAUUUUUGAUUCAAUGGUUCUCAAGGGCCCCAAACCUGAUGUUAUCUCAUACUCUACUUUGCUUCACGGGUAUGCUACCGAGGGUAGCUUCACUGAUCUGCAUAAUAUCUGUAAGUUGAUGGUUACUAAUGGCAUCAUGCCUAACCGUUAUGUUUUCAACACACUGCUUGAUGUAUAUGCUAGGUAUGGGAUGAUGGAUAAGGUUUUGCUUAUACUGGAGCGCAUGAGUAAGCAAGGAUUUAACCCUGAUGUAGUAUCAUUUGGAAUUGUGAUAUCCGCUUUUUGCAGAAUGGGUAGGUUAGAUGAUGCCCUGAACAAAUUUAGCCACAUGAUUGAUAUUGGUAUAGCACCGAACAUUGCUAUUUACCAUAUUCUGAUUCAGGGUCAUUGUAAUCAUGGUGAUUUGGUGAAAGCCAAGGAAUUGACUUCUGAUAUGAUAAAUAAGGGUUUUCCUCCUCCUUCUGUUAUUUUCUUCAAUUCAAUAAUUAGUGACCUAUGCAGCACAGGAAGGGUAGCGAAAGGGAAAGAUAUCAUGGACUUGAUUGCACACACUGGUCAGAAGCCUGAUGUUAUUACAUUCAAUUCACUGAUUGAUGGAUAUUGCUUAGUUGGCAAAAUGGUGGAAGCAUUUGAAUUACUUGAUGUUAUGGCGUCAGUUGGUGUUGAACCUGACAGUUAUACACACGAUACACUUCUUAAUGGCUAUUGCAAAAAUGGAAGGAUCAAAGAUGCAUUGACUCUAUUCCAAGAUAUGUUGCAUAAGAUAGUUACACCUACAUGUUGCUCAUAUAACACCAUCCUCCAUGGGUUAUUUCAGGCAGGGUGGACUGUUUCUGCAAAGAAAAUAUUUCAUGAGAUGAUGGAAAGUGGAAUGGCAGUGAGCAUUGAUACAUACGGUAUUGUACUCAGUGGACUUUGUAGAAAUAAUUGCACUGAUGAAGUAAUCAUGCUGUUAGAGAAAUUGUUUGCAAUGAACGUAAAGUUUGAUGCUAUUAUUUUUAACAUAAUGAUUAGUGCAAUGUUCAAAGUUGGCAGAAGAGAAGAAGCUAAGGAAUUGUUUGCUGCUAUGUCUACUUACGGUUUGGUUCCUAACAUAUGUACCUACAGUGUAAUGAUAACAAAUCUUAUAAAAGAAAAUUCAUUCGAAGAGGUUGACAAUGUCAUUUCAUCAAUGGAGGAUACUAGUUUUCCUCCCAACUCUCGUUUGUUAAAUAAGAUCGUCAGGAUGCUUCUCAAGAAAGGUGAGAUAGCCCAGGCCAGAAAUUAUAUGUCUAAAAUUGACGAGAAGGGUAUCUCGCUUGAAGCGUCAACCACUUCCUUGUUGAUCUCUCUUUUCUCAGAGAAAGGGAAAUAUCGGGAAUACCUAAAAUUGCUCCCUGCAAAGUAUCAGGUUUUUGAGGGAGUAAAUAUCAGCUAAUAGUUAUAUCUGUACUUGACUUCUGAUGGGAAAGGUAUCCAGGUAGGCAUGUGAACUGGGACUAUAAAGGGAAGAUAAAUGAGUCUAUAAGUGAUGCUUUCAGGGCAAUGUUCAGAGUUGGAAGUAGAGAAGAAAGCUAAGGAAUUAUUUACUGCUCUCAUUACUUACUUGAUGGUGCCUACUAUACAUACAUACAUACAACAUAUUGAUGACAAACCUUAUAAAGGAAGAGUUGUUCGAAGAGGCAAGUGGCUGUUCCCAACUCUCUUAUGUUAAAUCAGGGUAUCAGAAUGUUUCUCAAGAAAGGUGAGAUAGUGAAGGCCAGAAAUCAUUUGUCUAAAGUUGACAAGAAGGGUAUCCCACUUGAAGCUUCAACCAGACAACCACUUCCUUGUUGGUCUCUCUUUUCAGAGAAAGGGAAAUGCCAUGAAUACAUAAAAUUGCUUCCUGCAAACUAUCAGAUUUGUUAGGAAGUAAGCAAGAGUUGGUAGUUAUCUCUGAAGUCAAACCUCAGAAGGAAUCAAGCUUGUCGAAAAUUCACUUCUGCUUCCAUUAAAACACGGCAUGCUAAUGGUGAUAUUGAGACUGCAGAUGGUGCCAUUAUAAUGACCGUAGGUCCGCCAGACAUUUCUAAAAUGCCUUAGAAUGGAUUUCCUCAUGAGGUGUCAAAAUACUUUAUGCUCGUUUUCCUGUUGAAUGGGAGAAAUAUAUUAAUUCAAGCAUGUCCGAGAUGAACGAGCAGCCACAAUCUCCACUAAAAUCGACUGAAUAUUAUAUAGAGAAGUUUUUGCAGGGAAACUUAAAGUAUUCAAUGGGACUUUUUGCAUGGGAUUAUCUCAACACAUCUGAGAGGUCUACAAGUGAUACAGACAGAUUUCCUAGCCAAAGGCAUUCUAAUUCUUCCAAUAGAAGACAUAACUUUGAGGACUAUGCCUUUGUGCAGUAUCAGGAAUCAAGUGCAGGACCUUCUGUAGAUACAGCAAAGAAUGCUAGGAAUCAGGUAGAGCAAGAUGCAGAUAUUCAACAGGAAAAUAUGCACAGGUAUUCAAGUGAGCAGCAAAUUGUUACUCAUUCAAAUGAGUCUGCUUUAACUAAUAAUUGUACAAAUGAAGUAUCCUCUGGCUUAGAAGAUUGUGAAGCACCAAAAUGUGGAAAAGCAUCAACAUGUCAAGGGACUAAAGAUGCAUUAGAUAUAACAACUGAAAGGAUGAAUCCACAGUUUGGAGUUACUCAAGGCUCAGAAGACAAUACAGUCAGGCGAUUACGAGGUAAAGUGUUUGGAAUGUCAAGUAGUGCUUCCUUAAAGAAGUUGGUCUGUAAGAGGGGUUGGAUGCAAGACAAAACAUUCUUAGAGAAGAUCAUACCAAAUGAAGAUGUCACACAUCCCGCAGAUCUGAUUUCUCAUGAAAAUGUUGGCUCAGUUGCUGUGUCGAUGUCCGCUAAACUGCAAAUACAUGAUUCUCCCCGUAAAGGACUAGGACGACCGUCGAAGCGUGGAAAGAGGAAGAGGUCUUGAGCAUUCUGCCUGAAAAUCGGGGGUACUUUUUUAUUGCAGUAGUGGCUUAAUGUUUGACUCAGUAUUGAGAACGCUACCAGGUCCAGACGUAAGUGCAGGACGAAUGGGAUAAUGUUCUGUAUAACCAGUGGGUUCUUUUGCAAGCACCAACUUGUUGUAUCUAGAUUAGUACCGGAUGGCUGAAACAUUUACAUAAUCAGCAGCAGCGUUCUUACUCUUACACUUCUGUAGUAGGUUGACUAAGGGUGCGUCAGAUUCCAAAAUUUUUUUAACAAAUCUCGACGUUUAAUCAGAUGUUUGAAGAGG